GUUGAGAACAGCAGAGCCGACGAUGUUCAAUUGCCAUUCUGCCAGACAAGUCUUCCACUUCAUCUUUCAUACCGCAGCUCGAGCUUAGGACCUCCCAAGCUCGACGCCUUCACUCACCGUGCAUCUUCACCCGAAGACUCUCUACAUCGAACACUUCGCAAGGCUUUUCAACCUGAGGCUUACUGUCGUUUCUCUUGCGCAAGGAGCUCUUUCGUCCAACCAAUUCAUCCUCCAAGCUUCAUAAUCCGCGCUGCGUUUCAAUCGAAACGGCACCUGCGCUUCUUUCUGCUUUGAAUUUUCUCUCACUAACAAAACGCUUUGUGGUCUCACCUUCCAGCUCGAUCAGGAUGGCAAGCUCUAGCUCAAAGUCGGCUGCGGAUACCGGCUUUCUGGGACCAGACAAGCUGGACGACGAGUUUGAUAUCAGCCCAGGCGGUUCGAGACACAUUGAAACUUCAGGCAAUGCGGAUCGGGUGUACACCUUGUCAGGCUCUCGUACUGACCCCCGCAAAGUUCCGCCUUUGCAUGACACGUUUGUUCCUAGCGACGCGUAUGAAGUGCGGCCAAAAUGGUUGGUGGAGGAACAACGUCAACAAGCUGCAAGAGACAACCAACUUCUUCACUCGCUCUUCGAGCAUCAACUUGAGGACUGGCGCGUGGUACUGAAGGAGAGAGAGCAAGCUGCCCUCGGAGCAGCCGCUACACUUGGACAACAGACAUGGCAGCUGGACCUUUGUGCCAACAACGUUAUCAGACAAAUUUUGCGCAGGCUUAAGAGUGGAUGCGUCUUUGUAGUACGACAACGAACUAACGAAAUGCUGGCGUGCAGUCACCCGAUGUGCCCUUUGACCAUUAACAAAGCCACUGCACUAGAGGGAUCGGAUUAUGUUAAUCUCGAGCCUUUCGACAGCUGGCACAAUCUAGAAACAGUCGAUCCCAUUGUUGUUGACGAUGACGAAAUACUGGUCUUCAAACGGCCUUCACACAGCUCACCGGAUGUUCGGGUUAUUAAACCAAGCACCGACCCCCCUUCUGACAACCUUUUUUUCUGCGUUGAUUGUCUCAAAAACCUUUACUCCAGGAAGUCUUUGACACUUGCCAACAAUCCCAAAUUGGCACCAUCGACUAAAGACACCUCGCUUUCCCAGCAAGGCUCUGCUGCUUUAUAUACUCUUACUGAUACCAGGACCGGACACCGUCUGGCCAGACAUUCCACCUCUGCGAUAGAAACUUCACCUUUGAGCGACAGGAUGUUGCCGCACAAGCGGACCGGCAGCGAGGCCGGGCUUGACCAGUUAGAAGACCGCCAAACUCACAUCAACCAGGCAUUUGGCACUCGAGGAAGCGACUACAGUGAUCCCAUCUUCUCAUCGAAUUCAUCUACCUAUGGCGGCUCAGCCUUUGGACAAUCCGACCAAACGGAUGGGGCACGGGACGCUAUGUCCAUACUCCACACCAGUGAAUUACUACUAAACACCAGCGGAUUGUCAUCACCCGAUCACUCAUUGCAACAAUCUGAAACCUCAAGCGGAUGGAACAGGAUCAACGAAGUAACAAAAAAUACAAGCGGACUGACACCCGCCAACUACACCUCCUUACCCUACCGCGACACCCAUGACACCGAGGAUGAGUACGACGACACCGACGACGACAGCAGCCCCUGCCCGUCGCCAUUCCUCCCACCUCACUCCCUCCCCCUCUCCCACGACCCCAUCCUCAACAAAUUCCUCGUAUCCAGCUGGCCCCUCGACGUCUCCUCUACCACCACCAACGACCAAAACACUAGCACCAGCACCACCAAAAAGAAGAAACGCAACCCCACCACCUACCACCCCGACCCCUCCCCUAUCUUCCCCUCAAUCAUCGGCACCGUCCCCCCAACUUCCCCGACUUCCCUCGCCCGCCGCAGCACCCAAAUCACACGCAUCGUGCUCGCCGCCAACUGCAGCGCAGCGCGCGCCGCGCGCAACGAGACCACACUGCGCAAAGAGGACAUCGUCGCGUACAAGAAGCAGCAGGCGGGGUCGGCUACGCCCUCACCAUUAUUCUCCACUACUCUGGGGGCUCCUGCUGCUCAGGCAGCCCUUGGCGCUCAGCCAGCUUCAGCCGCCCAGCCAGCUCCCAUCGGACUGAAGCCAGGAGCUCCGCCGUCGACGCGCCCCCUCCGCCUCCCCGUGCAGUACUGCCACAUCUGCAACGAGCCCCAAGGACGACGCGUGCUAGCUGAGUGCGCAGGGCCGAGAUGCCUGAGCGGGCGCGUGCACAGCCGGUGUGCGGCGCCGGGGCGGGCGAGCGUGCCCGAGGGCUGGCUGUGUGCGGCGUGCAGUCCCGACAAGACGAACGUCGUUCGUACGCCGCUUCCGGAGCGGGUGGUGGUGCCCGUGGCGGAGGAAGAGGACGAGGAGGUAGAUGUGUACGGCUUAGGGGUUGUUAAGAAGGAAGAUUCGGAGGGGGAGGGAAACGAGGGAGGUGGUGUUGGCCUUGGCCUUGGCCGUGGAGGUGUGCGUAUGCGUCCAGAUGGGCUCAAUAUGCCCCUCGACCACCGCGCCGUCCUGCCCCCGGAACUCUUCGCGGACCUGCUUGCGAUGUCGUGGCCCACGCCCUUCCCGCCGAGUACGCCUCCCAGCUGCGAUCUGGAGGAGAGCGCGUCUACACCCUACUUCCUAUACGAGAAAGCCUCACCCUCGAGCUCACCAUCCGCUAGCACAGCAGUCUCAGACUCCUCCGAUGCUACUUCUUCUUCUUCGGACACUGAGACUGAAGCACCCGCCCGUAGCCCCUACUACCACCACAACAACGUCAACAACGCCCCCCGCACCACAGCUUCCCAGCUCCUGCCCGGCAGUGUUUGCACGGCUUGUCGUCGCGCAAGGAAGCGGUGUGACAGGGCAAGGCCAAGGUGUGGAGCGUGCGUGGAGAUGGAAAGGACUUGUGUGUAUCUGCCUUCGGGGUAGAAAAACAUGGAUUGACUGAGAGUUGGUGGAAGGGUGAGAAGUGCUCACACUCAGGUCCUCCUUUGCACUCCACUUACUCCGUGCGAGUCUAGUUUGCAGUUGCAUGAGUGGACGCUUGAUGGAGUCUGCGGCACAUAAACAACGACGGAUAGAGAUGAAAUUGGAAACG